AUGGAUCCACGAUCAGAAACGUACUCGGAGGAGUACUUGCAAGCCAACAUCGGCUACCGGUUGAUGGGAGUUGCAACUGCGAUGCUUCCAAUUGUUGUUGUUUUUCUAGCGUUGCGUUUCUACUCUCGCUACCUUACCAGAACACCAUGGGGUCUUGAUGAUUCCCUGGCUGCUAUGUCUGGGUUUAUAUCGGUCGGAUUGUCUGCUCUUGCGAUUUGCUUUGUGAAAUACGGCGGUGUUGGUCGCCACCUCGCUGCGUUAGAGAUGGAAACGCCCAGUAUGGAACCACAAUACUUCAAAUACCUGUUAAUUGUGUCGACGUAUUACUAUUCUACGGUCGCAAUUCCCAAGCUUGCAGUUCUAGCUCUCUACGGUCGUCUUUGGACAGUCAACCCAUACCGCACUAUCAUCCUGGUAUUGGCUGCGGUCAUUACCCUCACGGCUAUCGUCUCCGGCGUGAUGUGCUUGAACAUGUGUCGGCCAUUUCGACUCAAUUGGGACACUUCGGCUCCUGGUCACUGUCUCAACAAGCAGGCCUUUUUCCUGUGGGCAUCACUACCAAACAUUCUCACAGACGUUGUCAUGCUUGCAAUGCCCGUGCCUAUUGUCUAUCACCUUAACGUCUCCAUGAAGGUAAAAUUGGGGCUCAUCCUUACAUUUGCAACGGGCAUUCUGGGUCUGGUAACAUCCAUUAUGCGCUUCGUGAUAUUCUCUCAGGGAAGUGCCGUCAAAGACGGAUCUUGGGGGUCAACGGACCUGAUGGCCUGGAGUGUCGCGGAGCCCGAUAUCUACCUCAUCAGUGCCUGUCUCCCAACCCUACGGCCGAUAUUAAACCGACUAUUUGGUCGAGCCGUAUCUACAACAAACUCGUCAUCGCGAUACGCCGAGAGAUACGGAAAUACUGGUGGCUCCGCAGUCAACUCUAAAAUGAAUGGUACCGUUGCGGAUUCUGCCAUAUAUGGUGAUGAGGUUCAACUGGUAUCCGUUAUUGGAAAGGAGAGAAAAGACAGUGCUGAGGAUGGCUUGGGUCAACACGGCAUCUAUGUUCAAAGAGAAGUCAAUGUGCAAAUCAGUAGGCAAUAG